CCUCGCUGAGGAGUCGAAUUCGAUCAGCUCGGUGCCAGCUGAGUUUUUGAUGCCCGAUUGGGAGGGAGUGUGCAGAAGAGGCCAGCGGGGCUUUGUGGAGCGGUGCAGUUUGGUGCUGCCCUCUCUUGUGGUUGGGUCUCCCUGGGGGGCACCGCUCAGCCUCUUUGGAUGAGCACGGCCAGGUCGCUUAUUUUAUAGUUGCUCUGGUCUGCGUUUAACUAACGAGUGAUGUACAAAACCAGCAUAAAGUCGACGCUCUCUGGGAAACACUUCGUGCUGCUUCUGUUGAUGUGCUGCCCACUUUUCGGACAGAUUUCCACAGCGAUGAAAAUGGAUUUUGUCAGCCAUACAGGGGAGUUGCAUGUGCUCGAUUCAUUAAAAACCAGAAUGUUUAUGUGGAUUCCCUCCAGAUGCAGGGAGAAAUUGAAAAACAAAUUAUAGCGGCACUGAAGAUGAAUGUUACUUCCACGCUGCUUUCCGAUCAGUGCUCACAAUUUGCUAUUCCAGCUUUCUGUUAUUUUGUGUUCCCACUCUGUGAUGGCAAUUCCCAUAUUCCCAAGCCAAGGGAAUUAUGUCGGGUUGAGUGUGACGUUCUGGAAAGUGAUCUGUGCAGAGCAGAAUACAUUAUCGCAAGGUCAAACCCGCUUGUUCUUGUGCAGCUUCAGCUGCCAAAUUGUGAGGACCUGCCACUCCCAGAAAGCCCAGAGUCUGCUGACUGCCUGAGAAUUGGAAUUUCUGUGGAUAAUAGCAGAUAUGGACCUCCCAAACCUGAUCGAAAUUAUUCCAUUGGAUCUGGCGAAGACCUGUACAGUCCAUUACGUAGAGAUAAAAAUUAUUUUCUGACCCUCCUGGCACCAAUGAACAAUAUCACAACAUUCCAAGGCCAGACAGCGAACUUGCACUGCAAGGUUGCAGGCUAUCCACUACCAAACAUAAAAUGGUUGAAAAAUGAUUCUUCGAUUAGUCAGGAGCCAGGAAGGGUCACAAUAAGGAAAACAGAAUAUGGAUCCCGACUGCGAAUUCAAAACCUGGAUACAACAGACACAGGCUAUUAUCAGUGUAUUGCAUCUAAUAGCAAUGCAACCAUCAAAGCCACCGGGCUGUUAAACGUGAAGCACGGUUAUUUUCUGAACUUUCUGACACCUAUGAACAAUAUCAACACAGUAGAAGGCCAGGCAGCUAAUUUGCACUGCAGGGUAGCAGGCUAUCCACUUCCAAGCAUAAGAUGGCUGAAAAAUGGUUCAUUAGUUAUUCAGAAAGGAAAACGGAUCACGAUAAGAAAAACGGAAUAUGGUUCUCGAUUGCGAAUUCAAGACCUGAAUACCUCAGACACAGGCUUUUACCAGUGUGUUGCUUCCAAUAAAAAUAAAACCAUCACAGCUACUGGGGUGCUAUAUGUAAAAGAUGGACAGUCUCCAACCCUCAGUGGACAGUAAGAAGUGUGACCUGUCAACUUCUUGAUUUUUUUCCACUCUUCUCAUUAUGUUCGUCUUUUAUUGUUUAACAUAUUUUGAAUGUUUUUCCUCUGUUCUGUAUAAUUAACAUGUGGUUUAUAACCCAGGGCAGGAUGGGGUUUCAGUUCUAGUUUCUUUGAAUGCCUUAACUCUACACAAUGCUUUUUAUUGUAAUGUAGAAUCUCUCAUUGAUAGGCUUAGCUUCCAGCUGGCUGGGUUCUCUGAAGUAGAUCAUAGUCUUGGGUAAGGAGCCUGCAGCUGCCAGUGAUGGGAUGAAUUCCAAUUUAGACUCUAGCAUUGAUUCUUGAAGUUUAGAGAGUCUGAUCUGUAAUCGAGGUGGAGCUUAGGGCUUGAUCUUUGUAUGGAGGAAGAACGGUCCAACCCUACAUCAGUGAUUAAGCCAGGAUCUGGGUGAACAAGAGUGUCUAAAUCGUAUGCCAUGUGUUUAUGUGUAUGUAGAGAUUACCAGUAGUGACUUCGCUUCCUGCAUUAUUAAACUCUCCUGUCACCUUGAGAUCCUACCCAGCCCCCUGCAAUUUCAUUGUACCUCUCCAUAAAAUUAUCCAAAUACAAGAUAAUAUUUUCCAAGUAUAUAUUGAUUCCACCCAGAUUUACCUCAGUAGCACCUCUCAUGAUCCUUCCACCGUGUCUCGAUCGUCAGACUUUGGUUGAGCAGAAAUUCAGCCAACUAAACAUUUGGAAAACCAAAGCCAAUGUUUUUGGUUCUCAGCACAAACUCUGUUCCCCCAGCUGCUGACUCCAUCCGUCUUCUUGGCAACUGUGCGAAACUGAACCUGACUCUUCACGACCUUGGUGUCAUAUUUGGCCUCAAGUUGGGCCUUACCAAGACCAAUUAUUUUUCCAUUUCUGCAGUGUCUCUGAAUCUGCCCCUGUUUCAGAUCAACUGCUGCUGAGCCCUUAUCCAUCCCUUUGUUACCUCUUGACUGUUGCAAUGCACUGCUCCAAUGUACCCCUGGAUGGUCUCCUGUGAGGUCACCCAUAACUCUGUGGCCCUAACUUAUACCAGCUCCUUAUUAUCCAUCAGUCCUGUGCUGGCUAACCAGCACUGGCUCUAGUUGAACCAACACUUUGAUUUUAAGGUUUUCAUGCUUCAAUUUUCAAAUCACCCUCCCCAUUUCUGUAAUCACCUCCCCAUAACUCUCCAGCAUCUCUGCACUCCUUCAAUUCUAGCCCAUUAGACAUCUUCAGAUAUAAUCGAUGGCCGUACCUGUAACUGCCAAGGCUAGAUGCUAUUGAAUUCCAUCCCCAAAACUCCAUGUAUUUCUACCUAUUUUUCUUAUCUCAAGAUACUGCUUAAAACCAGUCAUUUUGAGUAACAUUUGUUCAUAUUUCCAGAUAUUUCCUUGUCACAUAUGUGUCACAUAUGGCUCAGUAUGAACUUUUUGUGUAAUAUCAUUGCUGGGAAGUGCCUUGGAUUUUUGUUUAAAAGCCCUAUAUAAAUAGAAGUGGUUAUCAUUGGAUACAUAUUAUAUAGGCCACCUUCAGAAUAGUGGCAUGGGACCCUUUUCAUU